ACUUCUGCUCACCAUCCCCAGAAAAAGCAAGUUUCUCCAAUGCCGCCUGCUCAUGCCCAUAUCAUGAACAGCGGCUUCGCAACCGUUGUCGCCCAUCACAGUCCCUUUCAGGAGGACGACGACGACGACCUCGACGACAUUUGUCCCGUUUGCGAGAGCGAGUGCACGUGCCACAAAAAGCCAUCCGUCCCCUCAACCUCCUCCGCGCCGACGCCUUCAGCCUCCUCUUCACACUCUUCAGCUCCAUCUACCAGCCAUCAGACAACGGCUGCGGGCAAGCGUCCGCUCAAGAUCAAGUUAACCUUGCCCCCCAAUCUCAAGUCUCGCAAGCCGCCCGAGACUCAACCUCAUUCUUCCUCAAGCGCUCAUCUCGGUUCCGCCGUUCCAGAUGCGGGCCCGUCCUCAAGGCCGCCCGUACACGCCGCCGCACCCGCCCCCAAGCGUCGGGGCCGGCCCCCAAAAGCACUUGCUGCUGCCAAGUACAACGCGAGAAAGAGAACGGUUGCCGACGACAUGGAGUACAAGGCCAGAGGCACGAGCGGGACGUCUGCAACCGUUCGCAGAGUAUAUCAGCCCCCCAUACCGGCUGCGAGUACGUCUUCUGCCGACCUCAGCGACAGCACCCUCUCCGAUUACCCCACCUUCGUCCCCGCCGCCAGCGAGUCAACGCAUUCGAGUUCAUCUGAGUCCUCCGACUCGUCUAUUGAUUCGGAUUCGGAUGGCGACGACCACUACAUCGUCCGCAACGACAGUGAGAGACGUUCUACUAAGCUUCUUCCAAGCCAUGUGGGUCACAAGAAACGCGAGAGGAUCGGUGGUAAUAAGUGGGAGAUCAAGCCGCGGAAAAAGUCUGUCGGUGCAGACGAGGACGAGGACGAGGAGAGUUCGACCGACAGCGGGGACUCUUCGGACGCUGAUUCCUCAGAAGACGGAGACGAUGAGAACGAGGACGAUGUCGACGAAGCGGACGUGGAGGCGGAUGUGGAAGGUGGAGGAUUAUUGGCGGAGGACAUCGCGGAUUUGGACGAGGAGGAAGAGACGCACAGUCGUAUCGGGGUGUCCUUCCCGGGAGAUGGGUGGAGUGACGACGAGGAGUCUUCGUUCGAUGCCGACGUCUUUUUCGCUGGUCUGGACUCGGACUCAGGCGCGUCUUCCCCGGAGAUGCACUUCGCAACCUUGCGCGCCUCUGCGAGCGGCGAGGACGCCGAGCCCUCUGGGUCGUUCUCUGCCGACGAAGAGGAUGCACUCUUGCUCAUGGACAUCGAUCCAUCCGUGCAGCUUCGUCGUGGACACGGCGAGUUCGAAAUUGGGGUCGACUUGGACAACCUCUCUUUCGGGUGGGACGGGCAACUCCUCUUUUCAAGUGCAGGCACAGGACCCGGCGACGGUCUUGCGCUUUCUUUCAGCCUCGACGCUCCUGAUGAGGACGAGGAGAUGGCCUCGAUCUCAGGCUUGGAGGAUACGUCCUCCUUUGAGGAUUCGGGCACGGGCACGGUCAUCCUCCAUGAGAGUGACGGCGAUACUACAGAGGACGAACUCGUCGACUCCGACGGGCUCCCCAAUCCUCGUGCCAUGAUGCUCUUCAAGUGGCCGAGCACCAUCUCUGCGAUUAAUCCCCUCUCGACGCUCAGCCCCUCUUCCUUCUCAGACCCACCGCCGAAUGCGACACCUAGCACGCGUAUUGCGCUUGCGUCUAUCUCCUCCCAGCGUUGGUCGCCCCCGCCCACCCCCAGCCCAGCCGAUAUCCUCGCGGGUCGGGUCUCGAUGGAUGACCUGGAGGACAUCGAGAUGGAGAAGUUAGACAAGCAGAAGGGCACCCCCAUGAGGCGGCGAGGAAGCGGGAUUCCUAUCAUGGGAGAGUUCACCGUGGGCGACGCCCCCUCCGGGAGAAAGACUGCCGUUGUGGGUGCUGGGGGCGAAGUCCCUAGUUUCUACCGGAGAGCUGUCCGUCUGCCUAAGCCUGAGUCCGUUGUGGAGGACGUGCUCCCCGAUGAGGAUGCGACUAUGUCUGCUUUGCGCUCACAAGUCGUAGCUGAGUCGUCGGAAGAACAUGUCCAAGAGAUGUCCCAGCACUCAUACGCAUCCGACAGCACGACUGAAGCCAUUGAUCUCGACGACGUGCUCGACUCUUCCCUGCUUGACGAUGAGCCCUCGAAUCAGGAGUGCGAGACCGACGUUCCAGGCUCCCAGUCGCAAUCGAGCCCAACGAAACUUGGUACUAGUCCACACUUGCACAAUCUGUCGAGGUGGGACCGUAUACCCAUGGCGACCUUCCGCCGCACUCGCGAGACUGCUACCGCCUCUGGUGUCGACGGAGCCGCCUCCGACAGUGGUCUUGCGGCUCUCCAGCAUCAUCGUGGUAUCAGCGCGAUGAUGAGCGGAAUGCCUUUGAUCACUCCUCCGCGCCCGCUCGGGCUUGACAAAAUGUCCCGGGCGUCUGCACGCAAGAAGAAGGGACGUCAUUCGUACAACUCGUCUCCUACGUUGCUCCCUGCGCGAGAUGGGCAGCUUGGGUCUCCAUUCGUGCCUGCGGCAGGCUCCUCUUACAACGGACACACGAACAAGUCGAAGAAAGAGCUGAAGAAAGAGAAGGCGAUGAUGAAGAGGAAGAUGACUACCAAGGCGUCUCAGCACCGUUACAACCAGCCACACCGCGCUCACCAUCACCACCAUCCCAACCACAAAAGCAGAGCGACGAAUGCGGUCCAGCGGUCAGGCUUCUCGGCUGGUGCAAGCUCGUCUAUCCCUUCCCUCACGAUAUAGUUAUCCUCAAUACUUGGCGCUCGUCGAGCCGUCCUAUCACCUUCGUUCCUGCAUAAUUCCCCACUUCACCCGCCACUCCUCGAUCUCUAUCCCGGUUCAAUCCACGUCGCAUGCUCGCCAUCUUAGCCCGGGCAAAUAACUUAACGAGAGGUAUUGGCGCCUCGUGUAUUCGCUGCGUUUUGUAACAUCCAUGUGCUGAUAGUCACCAUCUGCCCUGCUGCUCGGUUCUCCCAUCGUUCCCCCCUCCUCGUCAUGUAAUAGAACACCUGCUCGCAGUGGCCAUUCCCCCUCGUUUCUUUGUACCACUUCCGGGACUCAUCGGCAAACAUUCUCGUACAUGCAAUCCAUCCAUUCAUGAUCAUCC